GGGUGCGCGCGCUCAAGCUGGUCAUCCAGGCUUGCAAGAUGCUGGAGGACGUGUCGGUACCGCAGUUCUACCCCAGCAUGUUCGCCCUGGUCACCGACAUCCUGGACGUCUUCGGCAACCUCGUCUACAACCGCGUCAUCUCCAAGGACCGCGAGAACAGCGGUGCGACGGUGGUGCGGUCUGGCGCCGACUUGGUGAGCGAGGGCGGCCGCGAAACAUGUCGCAACUGGUUCUACAAGAUCUCCUCCAUCCGCGAGCUCAUGGCUCGGCUGUACGUGGAGAUGGCCGUCUUGCGCUGCUACGACCUGCUCAAGCCCGGCGGCUCGGAGGAGGCGGCGCGCCGUUUGGUGACGGCUGUGCGGGGCCUGGCCUCACCGCUGGCGGCCGGCUACGCCCGCUGCUACCUGAGCCGGGUGGCGCCGGCCGCCGUCCGCGCGGACAACCUCGAAGACCUGCUCGCCGUCCUGCUGCACUGCCCGAAGACGGGAACUUCGGCGGUGAAAAGGACGCCAUCGUCGCGGAGCGUCUCGCCGCCGCUUGGGCCCGCCAUCCAGUGGUGCUUGCGCUCGGCUGUCGGCGCAUGCGCACCAGACCGCUGCGGUCGCUUCCUGACCGAGCUGCUGCAGCGGCGUCCAAUGCACAGCACGUGGGUACCGGGACACGAGGGCUUGUCGCGGCCGGCUGCGGGCAGCAGGCAUACGCGCCUGGAGCCGAUGUCGUCCGUAGUCGUCACCUUGCUGCCGUCUGGUGACUAUGCUCGUCAUUAG